UCACCUGACUUGUUAAUAGACGCGUCAACCAACGUCAGCCAAAAAUCCAUGAAACUAGCGAUCAACACAUUAGCUAAACUCACCCUUAAAACGAAUAAUUGUUUUUUUUGUAGCCAAGUUCACUAUUUACCUUUCACCUGUCCACUAGACAGGCCGAUUCAAUGCAUUACAGAGAUUCUAAAACGUUGCGGAGAUGGACGCAUACGAUUUGUUUACAAGUUGCAGAAAGGGCGACAUUUGGAGAGUCAGGUACCUUGUUGAACAAAGAGAUGUGGAACUCAAUGUAAGGGAUAAAUGGGACAGCACCCCACUCUACUAUGCCUGUCUCUGUGGCCAUGAGGAACUAGUCCAGUACAUGUUGGCUAAUGGAGCAAAGUGUGAAGCCAACACGUUUGAUGGUGAGAGGUGUAUGUAUGGCUCUCUGAAUGACUCCAUCCGACGUCUGCUCAAGGAGUACAAGUGUAUCACAGCCAAAACCAUGCAGCGGGACUAUUAUGACCACUUUCUAAACAUGCUGCUGGAGCAAGGUCAGUUCAGUGAUGUCACGUUCCUGGUUCAUGGCGAGACGUUCCAUGCUCACCGCUGUGUGCUCAGUGCCCGCUCCGAGUACUUCUCUGCCAUGUUUGAGACCAAAUGGAACGGGAAGAACAUGAUCGCCCUCAAACAUCCACUGAUCAACCCGGCAGCAUUUGGGGCCAUCCUGCAAUAUAUUUACACAGGACGUAUGGAUAUUGAUGUGAGCCAUGUUGAGGACUGCAAACGACUGGCCAAGCAGUGCAAAAUGGUAGACCUUAUUGACGAACUGGAGAGCAAAUGCAAACAGGUUUAUGGGUUUGUGUCCAAUAAGCCUGGAACCUGUGUGAAGGUGCUCACUCUGGAGCCUCAGAACUGCCAGCUUCAGGGGGAAAUGGCACUGCUGGCAGACUGUGCUGUCCCGUCACAGCUCAGAGUUGGAUUUGGUGAGCUUCCCUUUAACAGAAUCGACAACUUCCCUGAUUACGCUGACAUAUGCUUCCGGGUUGAAAGUUUUAAUUUCCUGUGUCAUAAGGCUUUUUUCUGUGGACGUAGUGACUAUUUCAAAGCCUUGCUGGAGGACCACUUCAGUGAGGGAGAAAUGAUGCAAUCCCAGCCCAGCACCCCAGUUCUCACACUCCACAACAUCCCCCACAACAUCUUUAUCUGCCUCCUUUACUACAUCUACAGCGAUGACACAGACCUGACUACAGAGAAUGUGUAUGAUGUGCUGUGUGUGGCUGACAUGUACCUGCUCCCGGGCCUGAAGCGCCUGUGUGGGAAGACCCUGGCCCAGACACUGUGUGAGGACAACGUAGUGUACAUAUGGAAAACAGCCAGGCUCUUCCACCUGUCCCGUCUGGAGGACCAGUGUACAGAAUACAUGGCCAAGAUCAUAGAAAAGUUGGUUGAACAGGUUGAGUUUGCUGAGAUCAUCAAAGAGGAUGCUGGGGCGGUAGAGGACAGACACGAGACAGACUCCAUUCCUCUGGUGGACGACAUCCGCUUCCACAUCGCCAGCAACGUCCAGACCUUCAGCGCCAUCGAAGAGGCUAACCAGAAACUGGACGCCCUGGAGAGUCUUCUGUCCAGCAUCGGGCUGGAGUGCUAAAGGGGGAGGCCAAAACAGGGAUUUAUGUGCAUUGGGUCCCAGUGUGGAAGGAGAAAGGCUUUAUGAAGUGUUUUGUAUUGUGAAAGGGAGUUACACAGAAAUAUAAAACAAAAGAAAUAUUGAUGGAUAAAACUGCAGAUUUUGUAGUUGUAGUAUAUUUAAUAUACCAAUUUGUAAGUAUGUGGUAAACUCUUGCCACAAAAAGCACUUCUGAGGUAGCAUCUUAUUUAAUUAAUUUGGCAGAAUAUGAGUGUCAUAUCAUCAAAAUCAUUAUUUGUAGUUUUAAAUGCAUGCUAAUGUUUUUAUAAAGUACCCAUAUAAUACACAUUGUAUCAUUUAUAAUAUAUGUACUAAGGUAUUCUAUAUCAUAUAAAUACAUGUAUUCUGUAUUGUAUGGAUAAUAUAUAGCUACAUUGCUGAAUAUCAUUUUGAUUUAAAAGAAAAAUAAAUCAGCCGUUCCUCUAUUGUUUGUAAUGAAUGAGAAAGCCUUUGAUAAGUAAUUUUUUUAAUGUCAAAAACUAAAAUAAUCUACGUGAGAAAUGUUCCUUUGCGUUUAAAAGAUUUAUAUGAAUGUGCUCAAGUGCUUUCAGAGUGAGGGUACCCUCAAUUAGCUCCAAUCUGGUAUAUCUUAACAUUACUUGAUUACACAAAACUGAUGUCAUUUGUAAUCCAUGCUCAACAUGGUCUCAACAUGUUGAGAACCACAGGGAUUACCCCAUUUGAUUUCCGGGUACAACCUCUACCUGCUUCUUAAAGCAUCAGCAUGACAAUAAAGUACAGCCCAAAUGAUAAUUUCAAGUAUUUAAUUUACAGUGUUGCACCUGUGCAUACAUGAUUGAUAAUUAUGACAAUCAUGAUGCAAGUAUUAUACAAACAUUUAUUUUGACUGGGUAACAGGUCAUCUUAACUCAGUUCUGGUUUGGUUCUAACAUUCCACUUUGGUGCAUUCUAAUAUAUUUAUAUUUCUUAAAAUAUGAAUGUAUUUUUUAUAUGUAUCGAAACACAAAGUCACCACUGAACAGUUAUAGAUUGUUUGGCUGUAAAGUGAGAUGUAGGGGAAGCUUAUAUUCAGUGCAUAAUUUACCCAGGUAACAAUGGAUAACAAUUUUUUUUAUACUAACGAUUGCAAUGGGGUCUAAUGGAGGACCCCUAAGAAGUACAAUUUAAGUGGGGUGAGCUAACUGACCCACUGUGUUCCCCAUUGUAAUGUUAGUGAUUUCUGAUAUGUAAAUCCUAAACCAACAUGGCAGAAGGUGGUUGAGGACAUAGUGGUUUUCUAAUGCUUUAAUCCUGCAUAUUGUUACCAUUGGCUGUAACAGUGUUUUGGAAUUCCAAGAAACUUAGUAGUGAAAUGAAA